CUCUUGGGUCUUGUGGCCGCCCAGACUCCUGGCAAAAACCCCGAGGUCCACCCAAAGGUCACCACAUGGAAGUGUACGAAGGCCGGAGGAUGCAGGUCGCAAAAGACGGCUCUUGUCUUGGAUUCUGCAUCUCACCCCAUUUACCGAAAAGGCAACUCGUCUCUCGGUUGUGGUAACUGGGGAAAUCCACCAGACAAGGACGUGUGCCCUGACGAAGCAACCUGUGCCAAGAACUGCAUCAUGGAGGGCAUCAGCAACUACGCCGACUAUGGUGUUACCACCCAAGGCGGAAGUUUGACCCUGAGCAUGCUGGGAAAGAAUGGUGUUACAAGUCCGAGGGUGUAUCUUCUAGCUGAAGGAGAGAAGAAGUACGAAGUCUUGAAGUUGACCGGACAAGAACUCGCUUUCGACGUCGAUGUUUCCAAGCUCCCUUGCGGCAUGAACGGCGCCUUGUAUCUGUCGGAGAUGAAAGCAGACGGCGGGAAGAGCAAGCUGAACCCUGGGGGUGCCGCGUAUGGCACUGGAUACUGCGACGCACAGUGCUUUGUUACGCCUUGGGUCGAGGGAGGGCAGGGCAUCUGCUGCAACGAGCUGGAUAUUUGGGAAGCCAAUGCACGUUCUACCCACCUGGCACCGCAUCCUUGCAAUAAACCUGGUCUCUACCGCUGCACGGGUGACGAAUGCUCCAAGUCUGCCGCUACGGCUGUUUGCGACAAGGACGGUUGUGGAAUGAACCCUUACCGCCAGAAGGCAGUCGACUUCUACGGUCCGGGUCUGAAGGUCGAUACCUCCAAGCCCUUCACGGUCGUCACUCAGUUCCCCGCGAAGAACGGUGUCCUUCAGGAGGUUAUCCGGUAUUACAUCCAGGACGGCAAGGUCAUCCAGAAUGCAGCCCGUAACGUCACUGGGCCAAUUGACGACGCUUAUUGCGCCAGGAAUGGUGCUGAGAUGUUCGCCAAACUCGGUGCCCACAAGGGUAUGGGUGAAUCAAUGUCCCGUGGUAUGGUCUUGGCUAUGAGCAUCUGGUGGGAUGAGGGAGGCUUCAUGAACUGGCUCGACAGCGGUGACUCAGGCCCCUGCAGCGCAACCGAAGGCGACCCCAAGGUCAUCCAGACUGUGGAAAAGAACCCCACGGUGAAAUUCAGUCAGAUCAGAUGGGGCGAGAUUGGCUCUACUGUGUCACCCAAGAAA